GUUUUCCUCCCUUCGUCCACGUUGGGUCCUCUCCGAUUCCUCCAUCUUAUUUCUCCAUCCGGGAGAAUUCAUAAAUACCACCAACAGAUAUGUCUGAAGUCCAAUCAAGGCCCACUGCCUCUCGUGGCAGAGUAUCCGCCCGCGGUGGCCGUGGCGGCUAUAGCUCCAGAGGUGGUCGAGGUGGUAGCAGAUCCGCCAAGGCAGACAGUCUAGACGGCGCACCCACCGCAUACGAAGACGAGGGAGAAAUUGGCCAGAUGAAGAAGAAAUACUCCGACACUCUGCCCAUGCUGAACGAGCUGUUCCCUGACUGGACUGAUGAGGAUCUGAUCUUUGCUCUGGAGGAUGCCGACGGUGACCUCGAGGCGGCAAUUGAUCGCAUCAGUGAAGGCAACGUCGCUCAGUGGGGUGAGGUAAAGAAGAAGACCACGGACCGCACCCGCCCCAAGGCCAAGGAGCUACAGACCACCCCGGCCGAAACAGUCAUCCCUUCAGUUCGAGGAGGCCGUGGACGUGGUGGUUUUGAGAGUCGUGGUCGCGCUCGUGGAGACCGCGGCCGCGGAGGUCGUGGUGGUAGAGCCGGUGCUCAUACCAACGGAACUCGCAUCGAGAAGCCGGCCGUCGCUGCUACUGCUCCUGCUGCUGGUGAGACUGCAGCCCCGGCAACGGCGGUUUCCGAGGCUGCCACGACUGAACAGACUGUCGACGCUGAGCCGGCAACUGCAGAGCCCACCGAUGCCUCCAACGAUAGCACCAAGGAGGUUUCUAAGAGCAGUGUGAUUCCGGAGGGAACGAAGAAGGGUUGGGCUAGUCUGUUCGCCAAACCUGCGCCGCCUCCUCAGAAGAAACCAGCUGCUCCUGCUCCUGCGCCUGCGCCUGCCCCCGAGAAGCCUGCUCCUGCGCCCGUCCCAGAGCAGAAGCCAGUUGAACCGACGCCUCCUCCCGCCCAGGCUCCUAUUCCAGUUCCCGUUCCCCUUCCUGUCCCUAUACCUGCAGAGAAAGCACCCGAACCGGUCAUCCCUCUGUCUCAACCCGUUGAAGAGCCACUGGUCGCUACCCCAUCAUCCGCCGACGUGCCUGCUCCGAAGGAUGAUUUGACGAAGAACAACCUUGCCCAGAUCCCUGAUGUCUCCCCCCCUGCUCCCACAGCUACUGCAGCCAGCACCGUGGGCAGUGCCCUUGAUCCUAUCAAUCUCGCGGCGGCUGCAACUCCCACACGCCCUGCCGCCGCACCCUUCGCGACCAGUGCCUUCAAGCAGAGCACGCGGACUCCCGGCACUCAGCGCCGUGUGAUGGAGCAGCAGGAGGCCGUGGUCAUGCCAGGAAACCACGCCGUGGAUCGUGCUGCGGUUCAAUUUGGCAGCAUGGGUCUCAACGGCGAUGCCGCCGAUAUCGACAUUGAUGAGAACAGAGAAGAUGCUGAGACUCGUGCCCAGCCCCCUCAACACUCUCCCGUUGCUCCUCGUGCCUCGUUGCCUCCUUCCACCCAGGCUCAGGUGCCCACAGAAACCCCUGUGGUCUCUCGCCCCGCCCCUGGACUUCCCCCCGUUCCCCAGGCGUCUGCUGCUGAGAACUCCUUCACCGAUUUCGCCCGCUACACCGACGCUCACAAACCCUACGACCCCUUCACUCAGCAGGUCACGCAGCCUCAACCUCAGAUCCAAGAGCCUUUUGCCAACCAAGCCCCCGUCCAGCCUACCGUCACGACUGGUAGCGAUUUCUCCCCUUUCUACGCCGUCGAUCAACGAGUUCCCUAUAGCUACUACGGCUCCUACGGUCAGUCCCAGGACGCCACCGUCGCUGCCCAGAGGGCAGGAUUUGGUGUCUCGGGCGCCGAGGUGCAACCUCACAUCCCCACCACCCAACCUCCCAGCCGCUACGGUCACGUUGAAGCUACCAACAGUGGCCACACCACCCCUAACCCCACCCUUCCUGGCGCUACUCAGACCCCUACGGCGCAGCACAUGCCUGGCCAAGGGGCUCACGGCUACCAGUACGGAUAUCCAUACUACUCCAACCCCCACUAUGCCUCGUACGUCAGCCAGAUGAACCAGUACGGCAGGAACCGCCCCAUGUACGAUGAUGCUCGCAGAUACGACGACCACUACAUGCCUCACAGCAACCAGUACGGUUACGGAAGCCAGUAUGCCCCGUACGGCGGCAAGGCUGGAAUGUACGGUCAGCCUCAUGCCUUCUCUUACGACCACUCGUCGUCGCCUGCGACAGCGGCCACUUUUAACCAGGCUAUUCCGGGCCGUGAUUCGGUCUAUGGCCGUACCGGAUCCGCCCAGCCAUCUGAGAGUCAACAGUCGGCUGCCGCCGGCUCCAACGCCUUUUCCACGGGCAUGUCUGACGUCUUCGGUCGCUCCCAGGGCGGCUUUGGGCAGAACCAGUCGAUGACCCAGCAGCCCCCGGUGACCACGGAGGAAACGAAGAGCUUCGAUACCCCUAAGGCCGCGGGACCCAGCCCUUCGCUCGCCCAGGCCAACCGUCCUGGCUCCGCGACCAACAGCGCCCCUGGUCAGCCUCAGGCCCAAGCCGGCCUUCCUCCGCUGCAGGGCCAGCAGGGCCAGCAACAAGGCUUUGGCGGAUAUCCCCACCUGAACCCUCAGUAUGGCGGAGGGCUGGGUGGACUCGGUGGUCAUCAAGCUGCGGCUAGUCAGACCCACCACCAGCCGACUGGAUACGGUAACUACGGCGGCGCAGGCUUCGCUAACUACUAUGGAAACAGUGGUGGGCGUGGGGGCUGGGGAGGAAACUACGGUCACUAAAGGAUUAUGGCGUUGCAUAUUUUCUGGUGAUGGGAUUCCUACCGGCUUCUUUUUCGCUCUUCGCUUUUUUUUUUUUUUUUUAUCUCGGGCACGACAAGCCCAGGAUCGAAAACAUCUCUACUUUAUA